GCAUCAUUAUCAAAACACAAAACCAAUGAUGACAUCAUAAUAGUCGCAUCUUGAAGAUCAUUACUACUAUGAUUCUCGUGACUUUAAGAUUCCUUUGGAGACUAUAAGUUCUGGAAAAUUUGCAGACGUCUUCGCCGCAGAAUGGAAAAAUACAUCAGCAAAGUACGCGAUUAAAAAAUUUAAAGAAACUUCUAGGGAAGAAGACAUCAUUAGCGAAAUUAAGAUAAUGAAACUGACUUCUCAUCCGUUUAUAAUUCGAUUCUAUGGAGUUACUAAGCUAGAGGGUGAAAACAAAUAUUCUCUUAUCCUUGAGUAUGCAGACGGUGGAACACUAAGAGAUUAUUUAAGAAACAGUACUAUAACUUUUGAAUGGAAGGAUCAAUUAAGGUUUGCUAAGGAUAUUGCAAGUGCAAUUUCAUGGUUACAUGAUGAUAAGAAAAUCAUACACGGUGAUCUUCAUCCCAACAAUAUCUUAAUACAUAAAGAUACAAUUAAAUUGGCGGAUUUUGGACGCUCAUUCCUAAAAGAAUCGGAUCGUGAUAAUACUGAAGUAUGGGGUGUAAUGCCUUAUGUGGAUCCUAAAGCGUUUGAUCAAGAAACUCCAUACAAGAUGAACGAGAAAUCUGAUAUAUAUUGUUUGGGAUUUUUAUUCUGGGAGUUAACUAGCCGUAAGUCACCUUUUGAUGGUCUUGGAGAUUGCGAUAUUACGCCAAAGAUACUUAAUGGCGUGAGAGAAAAACCUGUUUCGAAUACGAAUAGUGAAUUUAUUGGUCUUUAUCAAAAAUGUUGGAAACACAAACCAGCUGAACGACCGAAUAUUUUCCAAGUAAAUUCAGAACUUAACAGUAUUGAUCCUGAAAACAAUAAUGUAUCUACUGUUCCUUAUUCUAAAGAAAGCGAAGAAAGUAAAAAAACACAUUCCUGUCAAAUUGACUUAAACAAGAUUUGUCAUCAAAAUGAUCAAAAUUAGAUUAUAUUAUCUUUUUAGAUUUUUUCGCUAUCAUUAUAACAAGUUUUGUUCAAAGAGUAUCUGAUAUUUUUUUUAUCUUAAUGUUUAAACGAACUUUUAUUUCUUCAUAGAAAAAAACUAGAUUUUUUUUUAUUACUUAAUACGUAAAUUCUGAAAUUGAAAAAAAGCUUUAAAUUUGUCCUCAGAAAUAUUUUUACUUCAUCAUUGGUAAUUUUAAAAUCAUAAACAAGAAUCUAGAUCAAAUUGCUAAUAUUAAUAAUAUUGUCAUCUCCCUUUGAGAGGCUAUUAAAGCUUACUAAAGGAGAAGAUACAAAGAAUUAAAAUCAAAUAUCUGAUAUUUAUAUAUAUAUUUAAACGAUUAUAAUAAGGUGAAAUGAUUAAUAAAUUUAAAUAUCACUGUAAA